GUGGGUGCUGACGGAAUGAUCCCUUAACAGAUGUUGUUUCUGCGGGGCCAAUUUACAACACGCAGCUGAGCAAGAAGGAGAGGCCUACAAUCUCAAUUAACCGCCUGUAGGUCCUGCUCGUAAGGGAGUGCAAUGAGAGUCUGUAUAAUAUACCUGACUCUUUUUAUUCUGGGAUUGAGCUGUUUUCAGGCAUAUGGAGGAGAUAAUUCCACGCUAAUGUAUUACGCGGUGCUCACCAUCGAGCCGAGCGCCCUCCCCAACAUCACGGAACAGCUCAGCUCUAUCGUGCUGGACGGACUGCCACAUAAUGUGAUAGUCAUUGACAUUGGGGUCACUACAAAAUGUGACGCGGCGGCUCUGUGCUCCUGUCUGGCCGGGCACGUAUGGAGCAAUGAGGUUUGUGAGAAGAAGAGCGAAUGUUGUAAUCCCACCAAUCCCACCAAGUGUAGCCUUCCCAAAGAUGUCGAUCCAAUUUGCCAUCCGAAGACCAGAGUCACUAUUUAUGGGUCGAUUUUUCUGGAAAAUGAGAUAUAUUACCACUCCCUGGAAGACCCGAAUACUCUGAAGUUCAAAAAACUUGCUAAAAAGCUGAUAGAUAAGAUGAAACCAGUUUACAACACCCUGCUGCGAUUCGAUGGCAUACAGGUCACCGGGUUCAGGCUAGGUGUGUAUGCAUCCUUUGAGGUAUAUGUCAACACCCAAAUGAAUACAAAGACCUUGGGGCAGAAAACCGCGGCAGCAGCGAAAGCAUUGAACAACAACUCCAUUGAAGUGGAAACUGAAGGCCUUCUGGACAUAAGCGGGCCCCCGCAGCCGGUGAAGCUGAACAGCAUGGUCGACAUCGUCUGCAAUUCGUCCCAAAACGAUACAACGGUCAAAGAGUGGAAACAGGCCACACUGAGAGAUCCUUUGGUGAUCUCUCAGAUCACAGACGGAACAGAGUCCAAUGUGAACUCACAAGGGAACGGGACCACCAUACUCACACUCCAACAAACAUCUGGAAUUUGGGCAGGCCUGAUCAAUUGUACCUUCAGGCCAAAAUUGGAUACCGGUGUGAAGAUACUUCACAGAGCCAGUUUCAAACUGGACGUCGCACUUCUGCCUCAAAUCGUCAUCUUCAGCGACCCCCAGUUCCCCCAAUGUAAAAAUGGCUCCACAAGGGUGUCGGUGAGAGUGAAAUGUGAGAUAAAGAACAGCACCGAACCCUAUGCAGUAGAUUGGACCGUAGAGGGGAAUUCUUCUGCUUUGGUGGCUGGAGAAAACGUCGAAGGGCAAGAUCCCAGGUCCUACGACGCCCAAACUGCCUUUUCGUGUUUACCAAAGGACGCGAAGAACCCGGCAAACAUGAAUUGUGUGUUCAGCAAUAGGAGGAACCAAAAACGAAAGGCCUCGAUUGAAAUCCACAUCAUAAGCGUAAAUGGUAAGCAUUGUCAGGCGGACGAGGAUUGGCCAGUCACGAAGGCCGGCUUCACUGCCAAGCUGCGUUGUGAGGGAGUUAGAGAGGGGUUUAGAUUGCGGAAAUGUGACAACAACGGAAUUUGGGGGAAGGAGGAGUCAGAGUGCGUAAACCGCGACCUCUUCAGCAUUGCAGAACGCACCCAAGUGAUUGACAAAGGUCUCGGAGUUGUUUACCAGAAUGCCGCAGAGCUGUUUUCUCGCCUUACAAAUGCUACUAACAACACGAGGAGCAUCAGCAGUGUUUCUAAUCUAAAUACUUCCAUCAACAUCCUCAACAACAUGCAAAACUUAAACACCUCGUUCAAUGAAUCAACAUUAGAGGAAAUCGUGAAGUCGUCCAGCAACAUCCUGAACGUUCCUUCGGAGGAAGUUUGGAGGUCAAAUGUCACGCAUAACCUGUCGAUGGCUGAAUUGUACUUGGAGUCUGUUAAGCAGUUGAUCAGCCAGACCAACAUAUCAAAGGAACAUGCCAGUGCGGCGUCAAAUGUACAGAUAAAGGCUUGCAAGUUGGCGCGCUGUACGAACACUCUCUUCGGCGUCAACGUUUCCGUCGACGGGCAACAAGGCGUUGUGAAAACGGCGGGUUUUAAAAAUCUUGUCAACUUCUUGCCGCCCAUACAGAAGGACACCAAGCCCAACAGCAUCAUAGUGACGAUGAGUGACAGCAAUAAUGAGCGACGGUUCAAUCACGACCCCGGCAGUAAAGUCUUGAUCCAGUUCACGCUGAUCUCCCCGCGACAACGCAACCAUGAAAUGAAGUGCGCCGCCAUGGACAGAAAUGGGAAGUGGUCGUUUGACCUUUGUGUCUGGGGCGGUUCGAGAAACGAAGGCAGCUGUAAGUGCCAAUUCUCCUCCUCGUUUACCCUCCUCUUGUCAAGAAAAGCUGUCAUUCUGCCGGCGCUGCGCGAGAUCACCUGCGUGGGUCUAGCCAUUUCCAUCGCCUCUCUGGUCUCGUUCCUGAUGAUCGAGUGCCUGGUCUGGAAGAACGUGACGAAGUCCGUUGGCUUGUACUUGCGCCACAUCACGCUAGUGAACAUCUCCGUGUCCCUCCUGAUCGGAAACUGCAGUCUCUUUGCAUCCGCAUUCUCGGGGGACGUUUCCGACCUCUGGUGUCAGAUCUGCGUCGUCUUGAAGCAUUUCUUCUUCCUUGCGCAGUUCUGCUGGAUGUUCUGCCUCAGCUGCCUUCUGCUCUACCAGACCAUGGUUGUGUGGUCGGAUCUGAGCAAAGGUUGGUCCCAGGGCGUGUGCUACUCAGUGGGCUACGGCGCCCCGUUUCUCAUCGUGACCUUCACGUUUGUGUCCAACGACGGCGGAGCAGAGGGGAAGUACUACGACGCCCAUAGCUGUUGGCUGACACACUACAGCAUGCUCAAGGGCUCCUUCUAUUCCUUCAUCAUACCGGUGGGCAUCAUCGUCUUCGUCAACAUUUUAAGCAUGGCCUUAGUGAUUGUCAAGCUGUUGAACCCCGUCAAGGGAUUAGGACCAGAAAGAUGUAAAAGCCGCAGCAGUGGCCACGCCGCCAUACGCAUUCUCAGGUCCAUCAUCAUCCUGACCCCUGUCUUCGGAGUGACCUGGCUCUUCGGUUUUGCUAGUUUAGUCCUUGACCUGGCGGAUGGCCUGGCAGCGUCCGCUGUCUUCUACAUCUUCAGUGUCUGUAAUUCUUUCCAGGGACUGUUCAUCCUGUUGACCGUCAGUGUGGGAGAGAAAAUGGUUCGAGACGCACUGAGGAAAAAUGUUUUCUCAACUCGACGGCCAUCGUCCACUAAGGAGACCUCCAUGCAGUCUUCGAUGGAAGAAUGACUCCUGAGACACCAGCCUGUCCCGUUUAGUGGAGGGAAACGCAUUUCAUCUUCAGCAGGGAAAUGUAAUUAUUUUUGGCCUAAUGUUGUAGGCUACAACUUUAGAGCAUGGGAUGUAUAACGAUCUUAUUGUGGAUGUGUGAUGUCAAGGGUUUUUAUUAUUUAUUAGGGUGGCAAGCACAGAUUGCGAAGCUAACCUAUCGUAAUUGUUAGUUUUACUAUUAUUAGGUGAGUGCUGCAAGCAGUGCUCAACUAUUGUUCUUCAUAAGUUGUAUUCAUUCUUUCUUUCUCUCUACAAACUUUGAGACUUAUCUCCUUCCUCAUUUUUCCCCUAGAGACUCCAUUCAAAUUUAAAAAUAUUCAGAAUACCUUGGAAUCGCGAGGUUCUUUUCAGUUUUUUUUAAAUAUUUUAUACUUCUUAAGAUAUUCCACUUUUAAAAUAUUAUAUAUUUUUUAACAUGGGAGAGACGUAACUAAAUCAAAUUUCAACCGUUUAUCUUCGUUCAAACCAUUUAACAAAUCUACACACUUCUAUCUUCAAUGUUAUCCACGGAAUUUCGAUAUCAUCUGAAAAUGUAUUCAGAAUCACAGUUUUAGUUUCAUAACUAUGGGGUCAAAACAGUCUCAUUAAUAAUGAAUGCACAGAGAAGGAUUCACAAAUAAAUUACUCUCUUCUCACAAAUACAUUUCAAUGGACACAUAAAUGGAUGUCGGUAUGUAUAAAUGUAAAAUUUAUCCAUAAACAAAUUGGCUGAAAACGAGGGAGGCAUCUGAUUGGCUACAGAGAUCCUUGUUGAAAAAAAUGCAUUUGUGAAUCUAGCGACAUCAGGAGAGUCUCAAAAAUCAUAUACAGUCCAGUUCACACACAAAUGCAAACAAGUGUGCUUGUUAAUUCAAGUUUAACAGUUUGUAUAUAAAUUAGCGCUGUCAGUUAAACACGUUAUUAACGGCAUUAACGCAAAUCAAUUUUAACGUCGUUAAUUUUUUUAUUGUGCGAUUAACGCAAUUCUUUUAUUUAAAAAAAUAAUAAUAAUCCGUGAUUUAUAUAUAAAUUACUCUCUUCUCACAAAUACAUUUCAAUGCACAUACAAAUGGAUAUCGGUAUGCAUAAAUGUAAAAUAAAUCCAUAAACAAAUAAGUUUCACAAACACAUUUCUGAUCCACACACAAAUGUGCCUUGUUUUAAAUAAAUGUAAUAUAAAUCCAUAAAUAUAUUAAUUAAAAGAAUGUUUGCAAUUUAUCAAAAAUGUAUUUGUGUGUUGUUACAUUUAUAUUAGUGCUGUCAAGCGAUUAAAAUAUUUAAUCGCGAUUAAUCACAUUAAUGUCAGUUAACUCACGAUUAAUCGCGAUUCUUUUUUCUAUGCUAAAUAUCCCUUGAUUUCUUUGUCCCAUUAAUUUCUCAUUUUAAUGCUCUUAUCAACAUAGUGCAUCGGCUUGCCUUGUGCAAAUGUUUUUUUAUUGAUAACAACAUUGGCAUAUACUGAUCAAAACAGGAUACAAAAAAAAAACCUAUAGUGCAACUAAACGAUGAACAUACAAAGAUACUGCCUUGAACAUAGCAGUCAGGCUACUGCUUCUUUGUUUUGAGCCAAAUAAAAAAAUAUUCACCCCCUGCCGGCGACUUUCAUUGGUUAAUGCUGCAAUUUUUUCCCGCCCACGGACGAUCUGCUUCAUAUCACGGACAUAAAAAGAAUGGACCACAGAAAGAAAAAUGGCCGCCCAUUCAUUCCUAUGGAAACUGCUCAGUGGUGCAGGGGAAACAUGAACAUAUUAUAGAAUGGACACCGGAUUCCAAAAUGGCGCCCAUUCAUUCCUAUGUAAACUGCUCAAUGGCGCAGGGUAACAUCAAGGAGAGAUAUGCUUCCGCAUCAUGGGAGCCUAGCCACGCCCUAGUUCAGGACUUACCGGAUGCAGAAAUAUUCUUGUUUUUUCGCAUUGUUAGCAUUGUAGCAUCAUAAGCGAGAGGUCUGAGCGAUCGCAGUCGCAUUGCUUACCGACCAUGGAAGCAGGGUUUGAGUUAGGUUGGAGCCAGUGGGAGCUGAGCACCCAUAGAGAGAGGUCUGGCUCCCAUGAAAGCACUGCAGUAAACUCAAAUAUCAGUGGGGGUCUCUACAGCAGCAUAAUAUUGUAAUUACAAAUAAAUCUAUUUUCCCUUCCACAUACAGAGUAAUAUUGACGUUAAGGAAGGGAUAAUAGAACGCCAGUCAUUAUCGGGAAAAUAAGCCUAGACAGGGCGAACAGGACACAGACGCGAAACGGAGGUGUCUUGCUUCGACCUGAAAGGGCUUAUUUUCGAAAAUGAGCAGCUACUUGCCAAACGAAAAAAUAACUUCACAAGGCGUCUUUUUACAAUUUAUUGUUACCAUUCGUAGUGUUGAUCAGCAGAGAAACAGUAAGCCAAAGACGUUGACGUCGCUUAGCAACCGAAGACGCUGGUGUUGCGGAGGGCCAAUGCAAGUGAACGGAGCGUUCCACGGCAUUGAGAAGAGUAGUGUCAUAUUAAAUAUUUACUUCCUAUAUUUACACCCCUCUCCCCCCCCCCUCAACAACUUCAAGAGACCCCCACAAAGAUGCAAUCCUUAACUCGAACCCUGCAUGGAAGCAUAAGUUAACUUCAUAAAUAUGAAAGAUUGCUCCAUAUAACACCAACAAUGUAGUAAACGUAUGUAGGCCUAGAAAAAAAUACAGUUCAUUGUUAUUGUUUAAGAAACAGAUUUAUAUACAAAUAAAUGGUUACAUAUCGAUCAGCAAUGAGGUUGGAGUAGCCUACCCACAUAAAUAAUCACGUGACUCAAAGCUUGCGCCUGUGUGGUCAAAUCUUUGAAAAGUCAGUGCUGAAAAGUCAUUUCUGAAGAAAUACAUUUUAAUGGUGUACCUACAUUUACACCUUUACACGUUUUUAAAAAUAAAUAUUCAACCUUUCAAAAAUUAUUUCUCAAUGUAUGAACACCUGUUUGCAGAAUCCCAUUUACAAGGUUUCAAAACCGGAAAACAAUGAAAUACACUGUUAGAACAGUGCCAGAUUUGAAACUCUGCAAAUGCGUUGGUGACAUUUUUUAAACUUUGAAAAUGUGUUUGUGAAAAAAUAUUUACUUUGAAAAUGUGUUGGUGAAAAUGAUGAAGAUAAAAUAGAACACAAAAUCAUGUUUGCAGAUGUUUUUGAUUUUUUUUUUCAGGCUAUAAUCUCGUUUUUCAGUGUUGCAAAACCUUUCCUACAAGGUGUUUACAAGGUGUUGAGUUUUCAAACCCAGACUUACAAGCCUUUGAAACUUUUUUUUCAGGUUUAAAUUAUGGCAGGAAACUAGCUCCAUAAAAGGUGAGCGUCGCCGGGCAAAGCUCAACAAACGAACGACACAGGAAAUCAGUACAUAAGAUUGGUUCUGCUGCCAUCUGGUGGUUUGAUGCCUUAAUUUAUUGUCAACGUCUUUGAGACCUGAUAGUAGCCCAUUAAAGUAACAUAAUAUUUAGAUAAAGAUACAUAGAUCUACAUCUAUAUUUUUUGCAUGUUUUCUUUUACUUAUCUAUUAUUUUAUUGUAUGACAGUGUUUAUAUGUGAAGCACUUAGUCUGCCUUGUGUAUAAAAAGUGCUAUAUAAAUAAAGUUGCCUUUCCUACAUCCCCAUAUAUAUAUACACACACACACUUUUUAUUUUCCACUAUAGAAUAGAUGAAAAUAACCCAGAACUAAAAGUGUUGCAGAAUCUGAAAGCCACAUUAUAUAAACCAACCAUUAUUUCCACUAAAUGAUUACAAUGACAGUUCAUAUGAAUGAACAUUUUCUUCCCGCUUAAAACAGUGAUGAUAUAAAAGUAUUUUAACAAUAAAGGUACGCUGGUCAAUCAUUUACAGAAAUCAGGUUUAAAAUGUGUUGAGCUGUGUACUUCUAGAUAUUUUUUUUUAAAGCAAGAUAAGGCUUUAAUUCAAAACUAGAUAAGGCUUUGAUUCAAACAAACCCUAACCCAAAUGCAAUUGUGUAUGCAUAAUAGAAAAAUGUAAGUAAAACAAAUGGCAAACUCAAUUUAAUUACAUCAAAUUUAUUAUACAUAGAUUUUAUUUUUUAAUAUUUUUCUCCGUCCACUGGUCAUGUUUGAAAUCAAGUCCUGCCGAUUCUUUGAGGUUUAUGUUUAAUGGUCUGUAAGGCAAAAAAAAAUAUUUUCAGAGGACAAAACUGCAAUAACAAAAAAAGUUCUCAGACUCAUUACACUAGUCUGUCGUACAUGUAUAAAUCAACUAAAAUUAGUUAUAGAACAAAUGGCAGAGUUUGGUCAUAUUUAGCCGUUAUUUACCGUUCUGGGAAAGCCUUUAGUAACAUGGUAGGCUGCUGGAGUUAAUAACUUUGUCCUUUAACAACUAUAAAGGACGAAACGGAAAUACAUAAACAGAUAUUUAAACAAACUGCACAGAACUGAACAGCACAUAAACUG